AUGCGGCAACGCGCUAUAGGUCUAGACGUGCGGCCGCGGGCCUUUUCGCCGCUGCUGCUGCUGCUGGCACUGACUCCCCUGCUAGCGCGGGGCGAGGAGGCCAAGGAGGGUGGCUCCAAGGACGGGGCACAGCUGAUCACUCUGACGGAGAAGCAGCUGUUCUCAAAGUGGUUCUUCAGACAGCCGUACUUCCUGGUGGAGUGGCACGGGCACGCUGGGCAGAAGCUCCACAACGACAUGGUGCCAGCCCUGAAGGAGGUGGCCCAGGAGCUGCAUGGCCGCGCCCGCGUCGGGGAGCACUGGGUGAAAGGCAUCAGCUCUGGGGUGCAGGCCCGAUUCGGCUUGGACCUGGGGAAGUUUCCGUCGCUGCACUUGUUCAAGCAGGGCGAGGUGAUCAGAAAGUGGGAGCCGGUAUCCUCGUGGGUCCAGAAGGGCGAGGAGUUCACACAGGGAGAGGUAAAGGGGGUGUCAGCCGAGGAUAUUGUCGAGUGGGUGCAGGAGCACAUGGAGAAGGCCGAGAAGAAAGCAAAGAAGCGCAAGUCGAGCAAGAGCGACCCUGAGAAGGGCUCCGAUGAACUUUGA